AUGGCUCUUACUUUUGUGAAUCAGCUAUAUCUAGUGCCUGCUAGUCUAGCAAGUUUCUUUGUGUGCUAUCACGCCCAGCCAGAAUACUUUCACGCUCUUUCAACUUCAGGCGUGGUCUUGAAUUUUAUCUUCCUACACCUGAUCCUAUGGGCUAUAUUUAUCUUGGAAAUUUAUCCAAGAUUUAUAUGUCCUCUUCGAUCCCUUCCCGCGCCAAAGGGUGGCUAUCCUCUGGUCGGAUAUGGAUUCAGCCGGUUUAGGAAGCCUGUUGGAUCGGAUCAUCUUAGGUUCAUACGCGAUGUUCCCAAUACGGGUUUGAUACGCUACAGGGGGUUUUUUAACAAAAAUAACAUUCUCUUGGUUAGCGCUGAAGCACUUUCCGAAGUUCUAGUCAAGCGACCCUACGACUUUGUUAAGAACGAUGGUGCACGCGACUUUAUGAGCGCUAUUCUUGGGAAAGGACUUGUGACGGUUGAAGGCGAUGUUCACAAAUUCCAGCGGAAACGACUUCUUCCUAGUUUUGGCUUCCGAAGUAUUAAGGAGCUUUAUCCUCUGUUCUGGAAAAAGUCAGCGCAACUGGUACAGUGUAUGGAAGCCGACCUCUUUCAAACCUCUGAAAAGGGUGCCGAGGCUAUAACCGACAUGAAUUUCUGGUCAACGAAAGUGACUCUCGAUAUGAUCGGCGUGGCGGCCCUCGGUCGCGAUUUUAAUACACUGGAGAAUUCCGACGACAUUCUUGUUCAAAGCUAUGAGGAGCUUCUAGAUCCCACCCCUGGAAAAAUUGCUCUUUACAUUCUGACCAGCUGUCAGCUUCCUUUUCUCAAUAAAUUCAUUCCUGGGAAGGUUGAAAAACGUUUUCACCUGGCAACGGCUACCUUGAGAGAGACCUGCUUCAACUUUCUUCGGGAAAAGAGGCAUGAUUUAGCAUCUGAUAAAGGCAUCUCAACAGAUGUUUUGACAAAGCUUAUUGAAACGAAUGAGUUUGCAGACAUUGAGUUGGUUGACCAACUUUUGACUUUUAUCGCUGCUGGGCAUGAAACUACUUCUUCUACAUUUGCAUGGGUCACUUACCUUCUGGCUCGUCAUCCUGAAAUUCAGUCUUGCUUACGCGAAGAGCUUCGGACACACAUACCACGCGACCUGAUUGCCGAAGACAUCGAUAUUUCUACCCUUCUCGAAGGUCUCCCUCUUCUGAAUGGAGUGAUCAACGAGUCGCUUAGACUGUAUCCAACCGUUCCGUUGACCAUGAGGAAACCUGUCAAGCCCACAACCAUACUUGGCCAACAUAUACCCAUGGGAACGGAGAUAUUUAUCGUUCCCUGGUCAAUUAAUCGGUCUCCUGAAACCUGGGGUCCAACAUCCGAAGUUUUCAACCCUGAGCGUUGGAUUGAUACCACUACUGGAAAGCCAAACAAUACGGGUGGAGCAGCGAGCAACUACUCAAUCAUGACGUUCUUACAUGGACCACACACUUGCAUCGGUCAGGGUUUUGCAAAGGGCGAACUCAGAUCGCUGGCCGCUCAUGUUGUUGCGGCAUUCGAAAUUGCCAUGGCCUACCCUGAAAAAACUCCCAUUCCAGCAGGGUUGGUUACAACUAAGCCUGAGGGGGGUAUGUGGGUAAAGUUGAGGCGUGUUGAGGGGUCGAGUAAGAAGCCGAAACAAAACGCUUUAACAUGA